AUGCAGGGUGACCCUAAUCAACGAAGUCGUAGCUCAUGUGGGCUGGCUGUUCUUGUAGAAAUGGACCCGCCUACAAGUGACAGGGCUGCAGGCUUUCCUUGCCGCUGGUUUGCGGUAAGGAGGGCCGACCUAAAUAUGAAACAACGACUACGGAUAUUGUUGAAACAAGAGCACACUUCCACGAGGAGGGCUGCAUUGCAAUUUCAGUUGUGGCACGCUCCUCGGAAGAGGCAGUGGGGACUUCCAGAGCUUUCGGAAAUUUUCCACAAACGCAAAGCCCUAAACUCUGGUUCUAAAGUUUUGAGGCAAACGUGCCAUCCAAGAAUAGAAGAAGUCCAAGUCACUUCAACACCAGGAACUUCCCACGACUACACCAGUUCUAGCCCCACAUCCGAUGAACUGCAGAUUUACCCAGAGCCAAAGCUCGAGGUACCCCAAGCUAAAGUCUACUCCCAUUUCGGAAUAUGUGUUGCAAACGCCAGUCGAAGAGAUACGUUGUGUAAUCACAACGGAGCUAGCAGCAAAUUUAGCUCCGAGGACUCUGCGGCUUGUUGUAUCGAACAGGAAGAGGUAACGAGAAAAAACUUAACGGCGCCCCGUAGAGAGAAGCAGCGUGUGGCGGUCUUGCAGCCAUCGUGCUGCAUACGCAGAAGUGGGUCUCACGAUUGCAGCCGCACAAGUCAGCCGAAAAAGCGUAACGGACUCAGCAACAUCCGUUGUGAAGCCUUCGCUGAAAAUUCAGAAGAGGGACCGCGGCUAGCACUUGCUCAUUCUGCCAGAAAUGCAUUGAGCACACCCGAUGUGGACGAAGGGCCACCGUCAGCGCAUGCAAAGGAUGAUGCUCGAAAGGGGGUAGGGAGGGCAUCCCUGCCCUCAAACAUGAGAAAACGGGAUGUGCCAAUGUCCAGCAGCAUGUCCAGUAACCAGCGAAGGAAGGUUACUGCAGCAAAAUGUCGGAGGCCCCCCAAGAAACAGAAAAAGAAUCAUGUUGAUUCGCCUUCUGGGAUCGCCGCUAGCAGGAAACAGUCACCGCAUCAAGGUUGGCCAGAAUGUGUUGUUAGUAUGCUAGGCCCCGACAUAUUUAAUCGACUAAAGGAAGACCCACAGCUCAUUCUCGCUACUAGCGAAAAUUCGGGCAUGUCUUUGUUCCACCACAUGCUACGCCAUCCCAGCAAGGACGACGAUCGAGUCCUCGAGCUAUUUAAGUGCAUAUAUGAAGAUGAACCGCUUAAGGAACGUGUUCGCCUACCAUCGCUCACCGCCUUUAAAUGCCGUAAUGGCCAAACUCUGGCACUUUACGCUGCUGCUUAUGGCCACGUGAACUGCCUUAAAUGGAUUCUCGAACAAGCAGGUGGAGCCGAAAGUCAAAGGCGGUUCCUUGAGAUACGUGAUAAAGAAGGCGAUACGCCGUUGCAUCAUGCAGUGAAGGGGGGGCACGUGAACGUGAUCGAAUUGUUGCUGGAACACGUUCCAGGUAUGAUCAACCAGCAGCGCCACAAUGGAGAGACACCGCUCUUCGAUGCAAUUGAGCGACCGCCAAUCGUGAGGCUCUUACUUCAACAUCGUGCUGAUUACCACUUAAAGUGCAACCGGGGCCUGACACCCCUGGAGGUAGCAACCAGUGAACUGAAGUGGAAACGUCAAUGCUCAACACGUUCCUGUCAGACUUUACCCAAACGGCUGUCCACCACAGUGGGUUUACUCAAGAAAGCAGAGGGCUCUACAGGAAAGAUUACUAUCAAGCAAACCAGAAAGCCGUGCUGCAGUUAG